UUUAUUCAUGUACAUAUACAUUGUGUAUAUUAUGAUUAAUGGGUUAUAUUGUUGUAUUAUCUGUUCCUCCAGGUUCUGGAAGAGUGGCUAUUGGAAGAAUCAUUUAGGAAAGAGGCGCUAUCACAUCAGUGCACUGUAUGUUAUUGAUCUACAGCAGUUCAGACUAUUAGCUGCUGGGGAUAGAUUAAGAGGACAAUAUCAAAUGCUAUCACAGGAUCCUAACAGUUUAUCUAAUUUAGAUCAGGAUCUUCCUAACAGUAUGAUUUAUAAUGUACCAAUAAAGAGUUUACCACAGGAUUGGUUAUGGUGUGAGACAUGGUGUUCAAUGGAGACAAAAUCAACUGCUAAAACUAUUGACUUGUGUAAUAAUCCAAUAACAAAGGAGCCUAAGUUAACAAGUGCAGUACGUAUCAUUGAUGAAUGGGUUGACUAUGAUAAUGAGAUUAAAAGAUUGCAAAAGGAAACAAUGACAGAGACAAGUCUCCCUACCUCUCCCUCAUCAACUCACACUCCCUCUCAUCAAGAACUGUAGUAUUAUUAUUAUUAUUAUUAUUAUUAUUAUUCUCAUUUG